AAUCUAUAAAAAUAGUGUUAAACAAAAUGAAAGUUAAUGAUAGUGUUGAAAAUUAUGUAAAUAAAAACACCCUAGAUUCUGAGUAAGUAAAACCAGAAUAAGAAGGACAUUAAGAAAAGUCUUCUCUUAAAUAUAUGGUUUUAAUCUUAGCAUGCCUCUUAAUGUUUGGAAAUAAUUACUCUUUUGAUAAUCCUCAAGCUCUUUAGAGAUAAUUAACAGAAGAUUUAAAUAUUAGCAUUUCAAAAUAUAAUCUCUUGUAUACAGCAUUUUCAUUUCCAAACAUAUUCUUAACUCUAAUAGGAGGAGUAAUAAUUGAUGUAUUAGGUAAAUAAAUGAUAUUUAUAUAAGGUAUAAGAGUGGCUAUAUUGGGAUUCAGUGCAAUAGUAGUGAUAGCUUAGACUAUAAUAGCAUUUGGAGGUUUAUUUAAAAGUUUCUGGAUAAUGUUAGCAGGAAGAGUUCUUUUUGGAAGUGCUUCUGAAAGUCUUUUAAUUGCUUAAACAGCUAUGAUAGGAAAAUGGUUUAGAGGAAAAGAAUUAUCAACAGCUAUUGGAUAUAUUAUGACAAUGCCUGAAAUAGCAUCAGCAGCAAAUUCAUUUGUUACUCCAACUAUUUAUGAUCAUUUUAAUGGCUUAACUUAUCCAUUAUUUUUUAGUGUAUUUUUAUGCUUUCUCUCAUUCAUUUGUGGAGUUCUUUUAUGUAUUUUAGAUAAAAAAAAUGAUAGGAAGUAAAAAGGUAAACAUAUAUCAAUUAAAUAAAUAGAAUUAUUGUUUGUUUACAAGGAUAAUGUAAGUGAAAAAAGUGAAUAAAUUGAAAAAGUAUCUUUCAAAGAUAUAAAAAGUCUUAAUGGUACAUUUUGGAUUCUCAUUUUGAUAUGUACUAUUGCGAUGGGAUCAUAUGUUCCUUUUUUAGAUGAUGCUAAUGAUUUUCUAUAAGAAAAGUUUGAAUUUAGUUAUAUUCAAUCUGGAAGAAUAUUAACCUUAACAUAUCUAGCAGCUGGUAUUAAUGUAAUAUAUAUAGCUAUCACUAGUCCAUUUUUAGGGCCAUAUGUAGAUAAAGUUGGCAAAAGACGAUUAUUCAUAUUAGUCACAUGUAUCUUUUUUUCAUUUACACAUUUCCUAUUUGGAUAUAUGAAAUAAGGUUAUCAUGAUUAACCUAAUUGGUUUUCAAUAAUUCCUUUAAUAACAUUGGGAAUGUCAUAUUCUCUCUAUUGUUGUGUUUUAAUACCAUCUGUUUAAUAUGUGGUAUAAUAAAGAGUUAUUGGAACUGCAUUUGGAAUCUUAGGAAUGUUUACUAGUACUUCAAUGGCAUUAUUUCCAAUUCUAGCUGGAUAUAUUGUAGAAAAAGCAACUAAUAAACAAGAAGGAUAUUCAACUGUUGGAUUUUUUUAUAGUGGAGUUUCAGUAUUUGGUAUCAUAUUCACUAUUUCACUUUAUUUUUUUGAUAAAUAAAGUUCCAUUAUUUUAGAUUUUGUUAAUCCUGAAAAUCCAUCUUAAGAAGAAUAAACUAUUUUGAAAAAUAUUAAAUAAUAAAAUAAUGAAUAGUUGGGAGUUUUUGAAGAUAUAGAUGAUGAUCUUUUAAAAAUGGAAGGAGAAGAAAAUGAUGAAGAAGAAUUUCCAAAAGAUGAAGCAUUUUGGGAAAAAAAUCAAAGAUUUCUUGUAUCAAGUAAAGGAUUUUCAACACCCAAAUUAGCAGCUAAUAAAGCAGUCUAAGAAAGAACAGGAUCUUUAUAUUAUUGA